AUUAGGUUUCCUAAAGACUGGUUCGCGAGGGAGCGCUCAGGGCAACUUUGGCCUGAUGGAUGUGGUGGCUGGUCUGCAUUGGCUGAGGGAGAAUCUGCCCGCCUUUGGCGGGGAUCCGGAGAGGAUCACCCUCAUGGGUCACGGCACGGGGGCAGCGCUUGCCAACUAUAUUGCUGUGUCGCCUGUGGCCAAAGAGCUAUUACACAGGGUGAUACUGCUGAGUGGGUCAGGACUGAGCCCGUGGGCGCUUCAACGAGAGCCUUUAGCGGUCAAACGACGAGUAGCCGAGCAAACAGGUUGCCAUGGAGACCUAGUCGACGACGACCUCGCGCCCUGUUUACGCGGCAAAUCGCUGGCAGAACUGCUUCGCGUGCGCCUAGAGCCUCCACGCUUCCUUCCCGGCUUCGCGCCCUUCGUGGACGGCGCAGUGUUGCCGGUCGCCCUGGGCGCGGGGGGCGCAGGCGGCGCCCUGGCGCUGGCUGAUCUGGCGCAGGCGCGACACGGCGGUCCCGGCUACGAGCUCGCCGACUUCCCUGAGCGCGAUCUGCUCUUCGGUCUCACCACCACCGAGUCUUAUCUCGAUCU